AGCAGAAAGUGACUGUCCCUUCAGGGCCUGCUGACCACCCCCUACAGGAGGAUGGCCUGGGCAACCGAAACAUCUGAAAAGGCAUGAAAAUCUGAAUGUGGAAUUCUGAUGCAGCAAGGCAUGCUGGUACCAGGACAGGCACAGAAUGAGUUUAAAAAAUGACGCCAACCAUGAGAAGGCGUCCCACAGUCUCUAUAUUUACCCCCAGCUAUUUUCUCCUGAAAUCUCAAACUGCUGCACUGUUUUGGCAACUAAGGAAUCAUCUGCCUGUGAUGUCAUCUGUAACGCAGUGGCUGCUCUUGGACUGGACAGCUCCAAGCCUUAUGUUUUGGCAGAGGUGAAGGAGUCUGGAGGGGAAGAGUGGGUUCUAGAUUCAAAUGACUCUCCUGUACAGAGGGUUCUUCUUUGGCCACGUAAGGCUCAGGAGAGGCAUACACAGUCGGAAGGUUAUUACUUUCUGCUCCAAGAGAAAAACCAAGACGGGAGUAUAAAAUAUGUGCAUCUGCCGUUAGUGUCUGAGGAGAAAGCGGCAAGAAGAUUGGUGGAGAGGGGAUUUCUUCCCAGGCCUCAAGAGGACUAUGACGAUCUGUGUAAUUUACCCAAGAUAACAGAAGGUGCCAUUUUAGGGAACCUUAAGACUCGAUUCCUAAAACACAAGAUUUACACCUAUGCAGGGAGUAUUCUCAUUGCCAUUAACCCUUUCAAGUUCCUGCCCAUCUAUAAUCCCAAGUAUGUCAAGAUGUAUGACAAUCACCAGCUGGGGAAGUUGGAGCCUCACAUCUUUGCUAUUGCGGAUGUUUCUUACCACACCAUGUUAAAAAAGAGAGUCAACCAGUGCAUAGUGAUCUCUGGUGAAAGUGGCUCGGGAAAAACUCAGAGCACCAACUUUUUAAUACAUUGUUUGACUGCAUUGAGUCAGAAAGGUUAUGCCAGUGGAGUGGAGAGAACAAUACUGGGAGCCGGACCUGUGCUCGAGGCCUUUGGAAAUGCCAAAACUGCACACAACAAUAAUUCCAGCCGCUUUGGGAAAUUCAUCCAGGUCAAUUAUUUGGAGAGUGGCAUUGUGCGUGGAGCUGUUGUGGAAAAGUAUCUCCUUGAAAAAUCCCGCCUUGUGUCUCAGGAAAACAAUGAAAGGAAUUACCACGUUUUCUAUUACAUGCUCUUGGGGGUGUCUGAGGAGGAGAGAAAGGAGUUUCAACUGAAACAACCAGAAGACUAUUUCUACCUCAAUCAGAACAAUUUCAAGGUGGAGGAAGGAGAAGAUCUUCGACAUGAUUUUGAACGUCUGAAGCAAGCCAUGGAAAUGGUUGGAUUCCUCCCAGCCACGAAGAAACAGAUAUUUUCUGUGCUGUCUGCUAUCCUGUACCUUGGUAAUGUGACCUACAAGAAGAAAGCUUCUGGGAGGGAUGAAGGUCUAGAUGUUGGUCCCCCAGAAGUUUUGGACACGUUAUCACAGCUCCUCCAGGUGAAGAGAGAGAUGCUGGUAGAAGCUCUGACCAAAAGAAAAACUGUUACAGUAAAUGAGAAGCUCAUAUUGCCAUACAGCCUCAAUGAGGCCGUGACCGCCCGUGACUCUAUGGCAAAAUCGCUCUAUAGUGCAUUAUUUGAUUGGAUAGUACUGCGAAUUAACCACGCUUUGCUCAACAAGAAGGAUGUUGAAGAGGCAGUAAAUUGUUUAUCAAUUGGUGUGCUUGACAUUUUUGGGUUUGAAGACUUUGAAAACAAUAGCUUUGAACAGUUUUGUAUUAAUUACGCUAACGAACAGCUGCAAUACUACUUUAACCAGCACAUCUUCAAAUUAGAACAGGAGGAAUACCAGAGCGAAGGUAUCAGUUGGCACAAUAUAGAUUACAUAGACAAUGUAGGCUGUAUCCAUUUGAUUAGCAAGAAACCAACCGGUCUAUUCUAUCUGCUGGAUGAGGAGAGCAAUUUUCCCCAUGCUACCAACCGCACCCUGCUUGCCAAAUUCAAGCAGCAGCACGACGAUAAUAAGUUUUUCGUGGGUACACCUGUCAUGGAGCCUGCCUUCAUCAUCCGCCACUUCGCUGGCAAGGUCAAAUACCAGAUCAAGGACUUUCGUGAGAAGAACACCGAUUACAUGAGGCCUGACAUUGUGGCUCUUCUGAGGAGCAGUGACAGUGCAUACAUCCGGGAACUAAUUGGAAUGGAUCCAGUGUCUGUCUUCCGUUGGUCUGUCCUGAGGGCAGCUAUAAGAGCUAUGGCUGUACUUAAUGAAGCAGCCAGGCAACGAGCAGAAAGGACAGCAGGUGUAGUAAGAAAAGGAACCAGGGUACCUUUGGGAGAACUUCAGAGGUCAAAUACACCUGCGGAGAAGAUAUACCGCCAUUCACUACUCCUCGAUUUCUCCUUUGAUUGUUCUGCGGACUAUGAUAUUGAUGUGUUCGAAGACAUCAUAAGUAUAUAUGAAAGCAAGAAGGAGCAGCAUUCUCAGCUGAUGAACAGUAUUAAGGGACUGUCUAGGCAAGGGGAUGACCCGGCCAUGUUACUUCGUUCACUUUCCCUGUACAGACACUCACGUUACCAGCUCCUGAAAGCCAAAGGCUCCCGUCAAAAACAGCUUAUCCCAAAGAACCUGCUGGAUGCACAUUCUCUUAAACUUAUAAUGGGCAUGACUCUCCAUGACAGAACAACCAAGUCUCUGCUACAUUUGCACAAGAAAAAGAAGCCACCCAGUAUCAGUGCACAAUUCCAGACAUCGCUUAAUAAGCUUCUGGAGACACUGGGUAAAGCGGAACCUUUCUUCAUACGAUGCAUUCGUUCUAAUGCUGAGAAGAGGGAAAUGACAUUUGAUGAAGCAUUGGUCAUCCAGCAGCUCCGAUAUACAGGGAUGUUGGAAACUGUCCGGAUACGGAGAUCUGGGUACAGUGCAAAGUAUACCUAUCAGGAGUUUGCUGACCAGUUUCAAGUGUUGCUCCCAAAAUCUUCAUCCCUGCUAAAAGCCGACAUUGCUGCUCUACUAGAGAGUUUAAACCUUGACCCUCAUAAUUAUCAACUUGGAAAAACCAAGGUGUUCAUGAAAGAACCAGAACGACAGAAACUACAGGACACACUCCACCAGGCAGUCAUCAAGAAGAUCGUUCUGUUGCAGAGCCUCUUCCGGAUGGUUGUGGAUAGGAGAAACUUCCUCAGGAUGAAAACAGCAGCUGUAACCAUACAGGCCUGCUGGAGAUCACAUCAUGUGAGACGAAAACUAGAGAUAAGUAGCAAUGCAGCUGUGUACAUCCAGGCGCUUUGGAGGGGUUAUUCUCAGAGACAAAGAUACUGCAGACAACUCCAGGUCAUCCGUCGACUGCAAGCGCUAUGCAAAGGCCAUUUACAGAGACAGAGGUACAAGGAAAUGCAGGUGAUAAAGCAGAAGGCUGAAGAAGAGAAGAGAAAGCAGGAAGCCCUUGAAAGAGAGAAGAAAGCUCUGAUGGAGCAAGCUCAAAGGGAGGAAGAGCAAAGGCAGAGAGAAGAGCAAAAGCGGAAAGAGGAACAGCAGAGAGAAGAGCAAAAGCGGAAAGAGGAACAGCAGAGAGAAGAGCAAAAGCGGAAAGAGGAACAGCAGAGAGAAGAGCAAAAGCGGAAAGAGGAACAGCAGAGAGAAGAGGAAUCACUGAGAAAACCAAAGGCGAAAGAUGCCAAAGAAACCCAGAAAGGACAUGCUGAGAGCAAUCUAGAAAGCGCACCCCUGCAUUAUAAUGUGAAGGAUGAACAAAGAAAGACCGAAAAGAGCGUUGACCCAUCUGGAACAGUGAAUAGUGUUUGCAAGACUGUUGAAGAAAAGGAAAGGGUUUUUAAAGAAAAUGAGCGAAACAGAACAGGCACUGCAGAUGUAGAGAGUGCAAAAGAGCAUUCCCAACCUCCUAGUAUGGAUAAAGUAGUUUUGGUGGCAGAUUCUUCUAAGCCAAAAGAAUUGCAAGUGGUCUCAUGCAAUGAUACAGUAAGUUCUGAGAGGGCUCCAAACAGCAAAGAAAAACGGGAAAACCGAAGGCUUAGAGGUUUGGAGCAUGACAAGUUGCAAAAUAAACAUAUAUGUUCUUCUAUGGAGGAGGCUGAGAAGGAUCAUCCUCUGCAGCCGGAGAAUGUAGUUGAACGUCAAAACCAUGAAGACGUUGUAGAACCCAGCGAUGAGAAAACUGAUAGAGAAAAGGAAGUUACAAAGGUGUUACCAGUUGGUGUGAAAGUUGAAGCAAAAGACCUGAUGCAAGAUUCCAGUUUACCAAAACAUUCUAGACCUUCAGACUUGCCACUUCCAUCAGCAAAGCAGCCAGCAACUCCAGAAGAGGCAAUCAAGCAUGGUGGAACUCAAGAGGCAGAAAUUCCAAGCGUGGGAAUAAUCCAACGAUACAGUGACCAUGAGAAGCUGAAGAAUAUUGCUGAAAAGUGGAGGGAGAAGAGAUACGCUGAGUCUGGGCAAAUUGAAUCACCAGUCAGCCCAGAAAAGGAGGGUGAAAAGCUUCCAAAGGAUAUCAAGGCAAAAGAGGUGAAGGCAGCGACCCCAUCUCCAGACGUUAAAUUUGCUCUGCAACCUGCACCCGCCAUACAUCCAAACCCCGUGCAACAAGAUACAGAUAAAGCAGUGAAGAAGGCACCUCUGCAGAAGAAGAAAUCAAAUGAACCUGGAACACAGACUGAGCAGGCACCCCCACAACAUGUGGAUUCUAAACACACUUAUAAGAACCCCCUGCAUAGGCUUCUGGGUAAGAAACCUGACAAGCGAAAUAGCAAAGACAGUCCCCUUACACCAGAUGGCACAGAGCAACUUGCUUCCCCAGUUGUCUCUCAGGAGUCAGCUACAUUGAAGGGAUCCACCGAAGGUACAGCUUCAACAGGAUCACUCAGUUGGUCCCAAGGAGCCGAAUUGACUGGAAAAGUGCGCAGAAACCGUUCCAUUAAAAUCAGUAAAGCCACCACUGUGUCAGAAACAUGGAAAGCAUCUCUAUGCAGAGAGAUAACCAACUCUACUGAGUUAAAACACCUAGACGAUUUCCUUUUUACAAAGAUUAAUACCCUGAACCCGGAUAAAUCUGGUGUGGAGUGCCUUCUCUUCAAAGCCAUGGAAAUGUUUAGAGAGAAUCUUAAAUGCAUGUAUUCUUCUCCAAAUGGGCAAAUUCAUGCAGGCUACAAAGAUCUAAUGGAGAAUUUCCAGCUUCUUGUUAGCAAUUUAACACAAGAAAGGAAAGAGAAGGAUGUGAAACUGGUUCUUAACUUAUUCCAGUCUUUUCUGGAUGAAUUCACCAGAGGAUACUCUAAGAGAGAGGAUAGUGAAUCCAAUAAGCAACGCAAGUCUCAGAAGAAGAAGAGAAAGCAAGCUCAAACGCAAGAAUACAAUGGACAUGUUUUUAUAAGCUACCAGGUGAAUAUUGGGCAGUCGUGUGAACAUUGUUGCUCCAAUAUCUGGCCCAUGGAGAAGGCUUUCCUUUGCAGCACCUGCAAGAUGAUCUGUCACAAAAAGUGUAUGAGCAAGAACCUGAGUCGAUGCGCUCCAGCCGGCAGACAGAUGAAGCAAGGUGGUCGUCACUUUGGUGUUCAUGUAGGCGAUCUAACCAGUGAAACAUGCCUCGUACCUGUUGUCAUGGAGAUGCUGCUGGAAUACCUAGAGAUGCAUGGCUUGUACACUGAGGGUAUUUACCGCAAGUCUGGUGCAGCCAAUCGCAUGCGAGAGCUCAAACAGUCUCUGGAGAAAGAUCCAAACUCUGUAAAACUUGAAAACUACCCAAUCCACACCAUCACUGGAAUAUUGAAGCAGUGGUUACGUGAACUCCCAGAGCCACUAAUGACAUUUGCACAAUAUGGAGAGUUCCUGAGAGCUGUUGAACUCCCAGAGAAGCAAGAACAGCUUUGCGCAAUCUACAAAGUACUUGGACAGCUACCACAAGCCAAUUACAACAGUUUGGAGAGGUUGAUCUUCCACCUUGUCAAAGUGGCAGUAGAAGAAAAUGUGAAUCGUAUGUCCCCAAAUUCUUUGGCCAUCGUCUUUGCUCCCUGUUUGUUGCGCUGCCCAGAUAGCUAUGAUCCCCUGACCAGUAUGAAGGAUGUGUCCAAAACCACUACGUGCGUUGAAAUGCUGAUUAAGGAGCAAAUGAGGCAAUAUAAAAUCAAAAUGCAGGAAAUUGGUCUGCUGGAAGCUGCAGAGACUCGUGCAGUGAGCCGAUUGUCAUUGCUAAGGCAGAACACCCCAUGGCCAGUUCAUUUAGGAUUUGUGUCUCCCUUUGAUGAGAUUGUGAAUAAGAGCCAAUCACCCAAUGGGAAAGUGUCCCCGGAUCUAGACGCCGUGCAGGAAGAUCAGCUGCCAGACGUUCUUCGAGAAUCAGAGUUACUGAUAGAGAGAAUACAGUCUAUUAAAGAUGAGAAGGAAAAUCUUACUUACCGUCUCCCAGAGCUGGAGCAACGUGGUUCAGAUGAAGAAAAUAUGGAUUCUGAGACAUCAAACAGUACGGAAAGCUUACUGGAUGAAAAGCCAGUUCAGACAGAGAAGGAAGGUCGGUGUGUGGUGGACUCAGCUGGUGCCCCUCAGCAAGUGGAACAGACAAAUAGUAAUAAGACCAAAGCCCCACUCUUUGCCAUGUCUACACAGCCUUCCAGUGUCAGACGUCGACCAUCCUCCUUUCUGGCAAGGAUGAGGGUCCAUAAACGUACCCCUGUUUUGCCAACCUCAAACAUAAAACUUCCUCCUGGAUUAUCAAAAAGCACAGACACGCCUGACGAGCCUUCUGCAGUCCGACGUAGAGAACAACCUGGAAGAAGGACAGACAGCAUUCAGUCAGUCUAUGUCCCAGAAGGAUCUCCGAUAAUAACUGCACAGGGAGUGGGAGUACAAGAAUAUGAGCCCACAGCCAAACUUAAACGCAGAUUCUCAGAUCCCCAUUUUCAGAUGCCUUCCUCAGAAGACUCAAGCCUCUGAAGGGAUCCUGAAGAAAAAUCUUAUGGCCUACUACCAGGAAACCAUCCAUAGUUUGCUUAGCAUAGCCAUUGACUGUUGAAACCAAGAAGUAUUGAGGCACAGUAGAGACCGUGGGGGAAAUGAUCAAUUUCUAUGUUUAAGGAGAUGAAAUCCUUGAUUUUUAUCUGUAGACCAGAUGGUGUGUUAAUGUGUGCAUUAGGAGUGGUGGAAAAUGUUACGUCAUCAUUCUGCAAUAUUUGGCAAUAGCAUUUUUAAUUCCCAACCAUUUAAUUUCACUCCCAUUUUGUAAUGAUAGGACCAAAGGUGAGAUUAUUUUGCCUUAUUUGUUUCACCUGUUACAGUAAUAUUUUAUAUAUAUAUAUAUAUAUAUGUAUAUGAUAACGUAAAGCAGGCUCUUUUUGUUGACUUUUUUUUUUUUUCCUAAAUCUAUUUUAACAGGAAGGCCAAACGUUGAUGAGAGGGAGUUGUGUAAUUUUUUUUUUUUAUUAAUUUUUUUUUUAUAUAUAUACAGUUCUGUUUUCAUCAAGAUGCAGUACAGAUUGAGAGAAUUCUAUAUAUUUUUAAAUACUUAAUACAUUCAUCCUUACGAAAAGAACACUGAGUCAGUGCUAUCUCUUUCGUUGUCAGAGGGUGCAAGGAGUGCUAAUCUGACGGUGGUGUUAAGUGUUAAUACAUUCCAAGAUGAGAAUUUUACCUGUGUGAGUGAGCGAGCAUGGUACACUGCUAAUGCAUAUCGUAUCUACAGAACAAGUUGGUCACUGUUCAGUGUUCCUUUCAUUCUGCACAUAUGUGAACAGCAGUAUUGGGUUAUAAUGAAAAGUAGAACAGUCUGCACUGUUCCACCAUUAACAUAUCUGUGGAGGGUAUGGUUGAAUGUUUUUUUCCUUUUUAAUAUUGUAAAUUAAAUUGUAUGCAGUACUUGUACAGCUGAUCUCAUAUACAUGUGACAUGCCUAUAAAGUUUUCCUAAUCCAA